AUGGUGCACUGUCAACUCGGGUCGGGCAUAACAGCCAGCUUUUGGCACGACAAUUGGACUUCCUUUGGUCCCCUUAUUGAGCUGGUGGGAGACAGAGGACCUCAGAUAACCGGUAUACACAUUGAUGCGGUGGUAUCUGAAGCGUUGAAUGGAGAUGGGUGGAGGCUAGAUAGCAUGCGCAGUAGAAGUCCCACAAUUACUCUGUUGAGAGCCUGCCUUCCUAAUGCUCAAGAAGUCAUAAAUUCGGAAGUGGAUGAUACCUUUGUUUGGAUCCCUGAGCCUGGAAGAGGAGAUGGGAGCUUCUCAGCUAGUUCAACUUGGAGGGCAUUGCACCAUUACCCAACAGUAGUAUAUUGGCAUAAAGCCGUGUGGUUCACGGGGAGGGUGCCUAAACACGCCUUUAUUUCUUGGCUAGCUGCGAGAGAUCGUUUGACUACAAGGGAUAGAAUGUUGAGUUGGGGUCUGACGGUCCCUGCAAACUGUGUCCUGUGCGCUUCACAUUCCGAGUCAAGGGAUCAUUUGUUCUUUGACUGCACCUAUAGCACACAGGUUUGGACUUUCUUUGUCAAUAGAUUGCAUAUCUCCCCUCCACAGGGAUUUGAAGCAAUUCUGAGAUGGUUGACUGCUCCGUCAAGAGACGCUAACGUGACUCUAUUGGUGAGAUUGAUCUUUCAAGCAGUUUUGUAUUUGCUUUGGAAAGAAAGAAAUGGUAGAGUCCAUUCAUCGGUGGAGAAGUCGCCGGGUGCAAUCAUAUCUGAGGUCAAGCAUCUUAUCCGGCUCAGAUUGGAUCCUAUAGCUCGCAGACAGGUUUUGGCGCCAGGAGAGUUCUCAGUGCUAGCGGUGUGGCUUCAAAGUUUUGACUGA